AAAUACCUACCAUUGAGUCACUUCCUAUGAGAGAUGGGGAACGGGGAUAUACUUUAUGAAAAGAUGAGGUUUAAAGCUAGGGCACAGAGAGCACUUGUCGCAAGCGAGGUCUUAAUCCUGAGUAUAUUUCAGUGUUACCGGUGGAAAUGGCGCGGGGGGUGGGGGAGUGAAGCUCUUAUUUAAGGCAUCUCUAUUUGUGCUUCUUAAAGAAGAGUUAGUCCCGUUUGGGGAUCGAAAUUGUCUAGAGACGCUCCGACAGAUGUCAUGGCGCUUCCUAUUCUUGUGCUUGAGAACUUCGUGUAAAACCAAGGCUCUAGGCCUUCUGAGGGGGUUCCACACUUUACUGGGGGUCGGGGUAGAUGGAAGUUUUUUGCCAGAAUGAGCCUAGCCAGAAACUCUUCAUUGACUCUGAGCAGGUUACACCGGAAUAAGUAGGUUUGGGGAGGAGAUGAUCUGACACAAUGUUGCCACUUCCGAUGUUUUGUAGUUGCGGCUUUGCCCCGAAGCUUUGUAUCAGAGGCACAGCGGGAACUGAUGUAAAAGCUUUGGAAGCUUCCUUUUUCUUUUGGCUUGCGGAGGAGAUGGGGAGGGGGUAGAAUGGCUGUAAGGGAAGGCUGGAGGUACCUAUUUUUUGCCUCAGCUCCUUAGUAACAUCCGUGGGAACUUAGUGAUUUGGCCCGUGACCCUCCAGCACAAUGUUCUGCAGGUCCAGUUGGGGAUGAUAUGUUUCAUUGGCAAGCCACAAUUAUGGGACCUAAUGACAGCCCGUAUCAAGGCGGUGUAUUCUUUUUGACAAUUCAUUUUCCUACAGAUUACCCCUUCAAACCACCUAAGGUUGCAUUUACAACAAGAAUUUAUCAUCCAAAUAUUAACAGUAAUGGCAGCAUUUGUCUCGAUAUUCUAAGAUCACAGUGGUCUCCUGCUUUAACUAUUUCUAAAGUUCUUUUAUCCAUUUGUUCACUGCUAUGUGAUCCGAACCCAGAUGACCCCCUAGUGCCAGAGAUUGCACGGAUCUAUAAAACAGACAGAGAUAAGUACAACAGAAUAUCUCGGGAAUGGACUCAGAAGUAUGCCAUGUGAUGCUACCUUAAAGUCAGAAUAACCUGCAUUAUAGCUGGAAUAAACUUUAAAUUACUGUUCCUUUUUUGAUUUUCUUAUCCGGCUGCUCCCCUAUCAGACCUCAUCUUUUUUUAAUUUUAUUUUUGUUUACCUCCCUCCAUUUAUUCACAUGCUCAUCUGAGAAGACUUAAGUUCUUCCAGCUUUGGACAAUAACUGCUUUUAGAAACUGUAAAGUAGUUACAAGAGAACAGUUGCCCAAGAUUCAGAGUUUUUUAAAAAAUGGAGCAUGUGUAUUAUGUGGCCAAUGUCUUCACUCUAACUUGGUUAUGAGACUAAAACCAUUCCUCACUGCUCUAACAUGCUGAAGAAAUCAUCUGAGGGGGAGGGAGAUGGAUGCUCAGUUGUCACAUCAAAGGAAGCAGCAUUACUCUAGCAGCAUCCAUUCUUGUUUAAGCCUUCCACUGUUAGAGAUUUGAGGUUACAUGAUAUACUUUAUGCUCAUAACUGAUGUGGCUGGAGAAUUGGUAUUGAAUUUAUAGCAUCAGCAGGACAGAAAAUGUGAUGUAUUUUAUGCAUGUCAAUAAAGGAAUGACCUGUUCUUGUUCUACAGAGAAUGGAAAUUGGAAGUCCAACACCCUUUGUAUUCCAAAAUAGGGUCUCAAACAUUUUGUAAUUUUCAUUUAAAUUGUUAGGAGGCUUGGAGCUAUUAGUUAAUCUAUCUUCCAAUACACUGUUUAAUAUAGCACUGAAUAAAUGAUGCAAGUUGUCAAUGGAUGAGUGAUCAACUAAUAGCUCUGCUAGUAAUUGAUUUAUUUUUCUUCAAUAAAGUUGCAUAAACCAAUGAGUUAGCUGCCUGGAUUAAUCAGUAUGGGAAACAAUCUUUUGUAAAUGCAAAGCUGUUUUUGUAUAUACUGUUGGGAUUUGCUUCAUUGUUUGACAUCAAAUAAUGAUGUAAAGUUCAAAAGAGUGAAUAUUUUGCCAUGUUCAGUUAAAGUGCACAGUCUGUUACAGGUUGACACAUUGAUUGACCUGAUUUAUGCAGAAUUAAUAAGCUAAUCAAAUAGUGUAGCUUUAGUAUGCUGCACAUGAUACUGGCAGCCCUGGAGUUCAGAGAUGGACUUGGGACCCAGCAGUUUUGAAACAUGUAUAUGGAGUUUAAGAAAGUUAUUUUCCAGGUGCAACCCCCAUUUAAAAUUUUUCUUCACCUUGUACACUUAACAGCAGGAAAAAAACAUAAAAUGGGAAUAAUAAUGGGUCAAAAUUUACAAAAUAAAGUACUGUUUUGGUGUGGGAGUUGUCAUGAGGCUGUGUUGAAGUGACUUUACUAUGUGGGAUAUUGAGUAUCCAUUGAAAUGGAUUUGUUCAGCCAUUUACAUUAAUGAGCAUUUAAGUGCAACGGAUAUCAUUUCAGGUGACUUAACAUGAAUGAAUAAAAGUCAAUGCUAUUGGAUUUUGUUUGACAAGUGCUAUCUGUGCCACUGAUUUAACUUCUGUAGUAACAAAGGCAUUAUCUUCACCCUUCCCAAUUCUGACCCUGUAGUUUUGUUUUUUUUUCUUUCCUAGUUAUUCUUAUUUGUCCAUUGCUUUAUUAAUAGUCCUGUAUUCUAUUUCUAGCACAUCUGUGACUUCUCCCAUUUCCACAUUUUUGCACUGCUUACCCAUAUGUGCAGUCUUAUUUCUUGUCUGCACACAGAUGUGGUAAGCUAGAUAUAAAAUAAAUGUUAAAGCUUGAUUUUUAUAAACAUUUUAAUAUGUAGUUUGGACAUGAUUUAUUGACUUAAGGUUGUUCUCUAAACUGGAAAUGAAAUGCAUGCCUUCUAAAGAAGUUCUGACUGUUAAUUCUAUAAUAAGCAGUUCAUUGGGAAAUACCAGUCCAGCUAUACAAUUUUCCAGUGAGUGGAUUUUUUCAUUCUGAUGCUUUAAAAAUACCAGUAGCUCCUUAAAGGGUAUAUCUUGUACUGUUAAGACUUUUUUGGAUUCAAAUUAUGAAUGAGAAAUUAGUAACACCACUCCACAAGGUAAGAAGUACUGCUGUUAGGCUCUAUUUUCAAAGUAAUUACUUCUGAGACUCCUAUACUCUAAAAAUAACAGCUUUAGUAGGCAUAUCAUUUCUUGAAAGCCAGCCAUGAGUAUAACACAACUUGUCAGAGCGUCUGGGUCCCUAAUUGGCUUUCAAAUUGACCUCUUUAGCCUUAGACAACCCUUAGGUAUUAUAGAGAUGAUUUCUUUAAAUCAUUGUCAUAAAGAUGACUAGUGGGUAUGUCCAGUUCUUUCUGCAAUAUUUCAUAUGCCACUUCUAAGGGAAUAAGCCAUAAAGGCUUCUCCAGGUUUAAGAGAACUAUAAUUUGAAGUACCUGGAAAACCAAUGUGUUUGAAUGUAUGGACACUGGACUUGAGACCAUCUCCAAUGAAACCUUCAAAGAAAUCCAAAAAUAUGCCCUCCUUUCCCUAAGCAACCCAGGAAUUUGACAUUACUUGUGCCAUGUAUAGGACUAAUUGAAUAUCAGCAGAUUAAGAAUUGUUUUAGCUCUGCCUAUAAAUUUCCUACAUCUUUUAAUGCAUAAAUGAGUUUUAAAUUAAUCCUUAAAGUUUCUCUUGACGUAUAGGGAUUAUAGUCCAGCUGGCCUGUUAAUGGACUUAAAUUUAUAUUUCAGUAACUCAAAUUUUGUUCCUGGGCAAGUUUGCAAUGUGAUAAUCAGAUAUAGGAAACUUAAAACAAUGAUUAGUUAGCUUUCAUGUGUGGGUGUACUCACAUUUUAAAGUAUGAACCACAGUUAACUAGUGGUCUCAGGGGUAGUGAAAACACUCACUUUUUUUUAAAGGCUUAGUUGAAGUAUACUUAAGAUGCUGAUCAUGCUGUGUUAGUGAUUUUGGGGGUGACUCAUUAGCCAUGUUUUGUGUUGGCGUUAACAGAACUGUUAAAUGAUUGUCGGUUACACUUUUCAGUGAAUUUGUCUUCUAUUUUAUGAGGAAUCCAAUGCAAGUCACUAAUAUUGUCUAAUAGUGACAUUUGCAUAAGACUUGUAAUAGUUAAAAGUUAUUGAGCUUAAAGGAAUUGUUACCAUUAAAGUCUGUGUUUAAAGACACUUUGGUCUUACUCAGUAAUUCCAGCUAACACAUGAAGUCCACACUUGAAGUAAAUGUAUGUGAGCUCAAUUUUGAACUUCUUAAAACAGCAGUUAUAAAGAAACUGGUCUAUGAAGAAUUAGGACUGGUUGUCAGAGUGUGGUCCAGAGACCAACAGUAUUGGUAUCUUUUGAGAAAUUUUUUAAAAUGUAAAUUAUUGGGCCACCCCACAGACCCACUGGAUCAGCAACUAUGGGCUAUGGGGGUGCAGUCCAGGAAUCGUAAAAAGCCAUCCAGGUGAUUUUGAUAUGUGGUAAAGUUUGAGAAACCAAUUUUAGAAAUCCGUAGCUCUCCUUUGUAAUGUGACAGCCAAUAAUCUUUUACCCCGUAGGUUUUUUUGUUUUUACAACUCUUUAAUGAGUUAAUUUUUUAGAACUUGUAUUAGUAUGUUUCUAAUUUAACAAAUUCAUAAUACUUUGACUUGUAAAACUAAGUCGAUUUUUACUUUUACACUUUGAAUAUUAAAAAUGUAACUUCCUGCAGUUUCCUGAUUGGAGUGUAACGGCUUACCUAGGAACGUUCAAAAUUUUUUAAGAUGUAACUUUAUUUUUGGUAUGUAUAAUGAGGUACAAAAGUCUACCCUUUCAACAUUGCACUAAAUAGUUGUACCAGGAUUUGAACCCAGUUCUCAUUCUGUGGCUUUAAACAACCCUACCCCCACCCCCACUCCAGUGAAUAGGUAAGAUGUCAUAUUAAGGGUGUUUGCAGUGUUUACUGAAUUUAAGAUAUUAAAUGUAGCCCGAGGUACUUAUAAAAAUUUUUUCUUCUUUCGGUAUGGGAAAUGUAAAUUUGAAUUUAAAACCUGGAAGCCAAAAAAAAAAAAACACAAA